AUGGCGCGGUUUUGUCGGCUGCUUGGCUACCUGCUUGUAUUUAUUAUUGAGCUCCAUCGGUCGCUGUGUGAUCAGCCGUCCACAUUACUGUGUGCAAUAGACGGAUACGACUAUCUCAAUUUAACAACUGUAAACUGGUUUAUAGAUCUAGACCAGCAAUAUUGCCUUUUCAAGAACCAGACGCAGUGCACACUUGAACUGGCAAUAUGUCACACUAUUGGUAACCCUGGACUUUGUGAGAGCAGCUCGGUUUGUUCUGUAUCAGGAAAAGAGUACUUGAGUCUUGGAGCAUACAGAGAGAAUCCUCUAGGUCCAUUAGUUGAGGGCUUCCAGGCAGUCUUUUCUGAUGGAAGUCAGUACAUCACAGACAGUGGGUUUCCCUGCUUAUUACAGACACAUUUGGCCUUUAUUUGCAGCAAGUCCACCAUUUGGGAAUCUCCGGGAAGCUCAGAGUUGAGGAAGAAAGCACCAGUUCCAAAAUUAGUGUCCUACAACAAUAAAACAUGUCAGUUGAGCCUAACAUUUGAUUAUGCUGGAGCCUGUAAGAGAGAGAUGUCAGCGAUAGCAAAUUUGAGUCCUGGAACCAUCCUUGUUGUAAUAUUUUUUGUGGCUGUUAUCCUGUACUUUGUAUUUGGUGCAAUGAUCAAUUUAGCCAGAGGUUAUGUUGGAUCCGAUGUUGUUCCACAUGGCAGGUUCUGGUCCAUGCUGCCAAUCUAUAUUUUUGAUGGUUUCCAGUUUGUGUUUUCCUGUGGAAGGUUGCCAGUGACAUCAACAUAUGAGCAGAUAUAA